GACAUGGAAGCCGAUUUGAAUUCUACGCCCAAUAGCUCGAAGGGAGUUUCGAAAGCAUAAACUGAAAGCGGUUCGUAAUAGGCAUUACAACUGCGUCUUAGAUAAACUGUCGUACGAUGUGAAAUGACAAUUCAUAUUUGUAUCUCGGAAUAAGAGUUAAAAUAAACACAGGCUUGUCGGAACUUUAUUUCUGCGGUUUGAUGACGCAGUCGGAAGCAUUUGUCAGUCGGACACUUGAAACAUCAUAUCAGGAAGUUGAUGUUUACCUGUAAAGAUUUUCCUUUGGCGUUAUCUUCAUUAAAAGUUGAUUUUAAGGUUGUGAAAUUUUUCGUUGGAAAUUGUUCAUUUAAGAAAAAAAAGUUCAACUACGGAGGUGAGACGAUUUAAAGCGAUGGAGUCGGGACGCCGGAAAGGUUUAAGUAGCCUUCUGUCGUCAAUAUCACUACUGUGUGUCGUCCUGGACCUGCAGCUGGACGGUGUGUUAGGUGCCACCCAUGUUGAAAUUGAGCAGCACCUGGAGAUGGGCCGCAAGCUUCUGGCCGCAGGGCAACUGGCAGAGGCACUCUCCCAUUACCACUCAGCAGUUGAGGGUGACUCAAAGAAUUACCUGACUUACUACAAACGUGCAGCUGUGUUUCUGGCCAUGGGAAAGUCCAAAUCAGCCUUGCCAGAUCUGACCCGAGCAAUUCAGCUUAAACCAGACUUCCUAGCUGCUCGGAUACAAAGGGGGAACAUUCUCCUGAAGCAGGGGAACACUCACGAAGCCAGAGAUGAUUUCCAGGCUGUGUUGCAGCGCUCUCCAGACACAGAGGAGGCCCAUAGUCAGCUCCAUAGAGUUGAGGAGCUGGAGCAGCUCCAGGAGGAGGCACAUAAGGCCCAUCAUCGCGGCGAUUACACCACCACCAUCCAGGUGCUCGAGCGGGUCAUAGAGCUGUCUCCUUGGGAUCCUGAAUCUCGGGAGCUAAGAGCAGAAUGCUACAUCCGAAUUGGGGAGCCGAGGAAAGCCAUAUUAGACCUGACGCCUGCGGCACGGCUCAGAACGGAUAACCGAGCUGCUUUUCUCAAACUCAGCCGUCUGCUGUAUGACCUGGGAGAGCACCAUGAGUCACUCAGUGAGAUCCGGGAGUGUCUGAAGCUGGAUCAAGAUGAUAAGGAAUGUUUUAGCCACUACAAACAAGUGAAGAAGCUUAGCAAACAACUGGACUCUGCUGAAGAGCUGAUCUCAGAACAGCGAUAUCAAGAAGCAAUAGAAAAAUAUGAGUCUGUAAUGAGGACAGAACCAAAUGUUGCGUUCUACACUAGCAAAGCGAAGGAGCGGAUCUGCUUCUGUCUAGUGAAGAAUAAGAAGGCAGAGGAGGCAGUAGACACAUGUUCAGAGGCCCACCAGAGAGACCCUCAAAAUAUCCACAUCCUCCGAGACAGAGCCGAGGCCUACAUUCUGUUACAGGACUAUGAGAAAGCUGUGGAGGAUUAUCAGGAGGCACGGGAGUUUGACCAGGAGAACCAGGAGAUUCGUGAGGGUCUCGAACGUGCACAGAAACUCCUGAAGAUAUCACGUAAAAGGGACUACUACAAAAUCCUGGGAGUGAGCCGGACUGCUAACAAACAGGAAAUCAUUAAAGCGUAUAGGAAAUUGGCACAGCAAUGGCAUCCGGACAACUUCCAGUCUGAAGAGGAAAAAAAGAAGGCUGAGAAGAAGUUCAUUGACAUUGCUUCAGCUAAGGAAGUUCUUACAGAUCCGGAGCUACGUCAGAAAUUUGACUCGGGAGAGGACCCCUUGGACCCAGAGAACCAGCAGGGAGGAGGAGGAGGAGGAGGCGCCGGAGGCUGGCCUUUUGGCUUCAACCCCUUUGAAUCGGGUGGAAACUUCCACUUCAAGUUCCACUACAACUAAUAUGGCUAUGCCAUUGAAUACUGUGGACAUGGUUAUUAUGGACAAUGGACUGGACUUAUUUAAAUUCCCACAAAGGGAAGUUAAGAAGAAAAUCCACAUAUUCUUCAGAUGACUCUUAUCACACAGGUGUAGUUGUGUGCCAAUUCAGACUUGAAUAUGCCGACUGUUGGAUUUCUAAAGAAAUCAAACGUGCUCGCGUGAUUGAAAAAAUUGUUUGCUCGAAUCCAUGCAGUCAGUGGCUGUGAUGAAUGAAGUCUUAUUUAGUAUUUUUCAAAGUGAUACCAUUUCAGCUUUAUCAGCUGACCAUCUCUGUGGUAUUUGCUUUUCCAUCUGUGUCCUAUCUCUCUUUGUCACACACAAGUCUUCUGUCCUCAGAUUUUUCUAUAUAUGAAUAGUUCACAUUUGCGGGUUCUGAUUUUAGUAUGUAAGAAGUGUGUAUGUGUGACACUGAAUGUUUUUAAGGUUCAGUCCCAACACUCCAGACUUCAUUACAUUAAAUCAGUAUUGCACUAUUGUGUGCAUUGAUUGGUAUAGUUUGCAAGGAAGAAAACGUUAGCUGCAGUAAUGAGAUUUUCUCUUCAUGUGUGCUUUUUAGUGAUUAUCUUUGAAAGUUGGCUCACCACUUUUUUUUUUUACUUUUUUUAAAAUUUCUUUUGUGUCUCUCUUCUUUCUGUUAAACAUAUCAGAUGUCAUUCACUACAACAGACCACAUCAGUUACUGAAUGAAUGGAGAACCUACAAGUCUAGUUCUUGCAACCAAUCCAAGACAUGAUCAUGGCUUUACAGAAGUACCAGCACACCUUUUGUAACCAUUUUAGAAAGUUUUUAAUCAUGGCCUUACCAUACACAAAACACUCUCUUAACCACUGGCAAAAUGGCCCACUCUGUGUCAACCUAGGACUUUACAUAUUUUACCUGCUUUUUCGUUUUAAGUUAUUCAGAUUAAUUUAAUGUAUAACAUUCAGCCCAUUCUAUAUCUGACACAAGGUGUGGCAGAUAGUCAGACAUAAUUUUAUUUUGUAAGCAUUUGCAAAGAUUAAUAUCUGUGUGACUACUCUUUUCUCAAUGCUUAUAUAAACUUGCAGGUUCCCCAUGAAUACCCCCACCCCCCAAAGUGAUAUUUAUGGCUGUGUGUUAGGUGGUUUUCUGCUUUCUUAGAAGGAACUUUAUUGGAAGCCAUUUUUAGGAUGGAUUAUUUAAAAAUAAGAGGGUAUGUUCUGAUCAA